GGGGUGAUUUUAUUACUUGUUACAGGACAUGAAAAGGCGUUUCUUCAAUCUGAAAUCAUAUCUGACACCAAAUCUAGAUGGGUUCAACCUAUGCCCAGUAAGCUGUACCAGCUGUGCUAAUAUAAAGCAUCAAAGCCUUUCUGUACCACUAAUAAGCUUGGCUGUCAGUAACUUAUUAAGUGCCCACAGCAGGAUAAUCAUCCCAGCGUAUGGGGGCACGAUCUAUUCGAGGCUUUUACCCAUGCCGAUCUUAUAGAGUGGUACGAGUUGAAGAUUGUAUCACGAGAUUGACUAAUUAUUUGAAUUUCACUUACUAUUUAAAACAAAUAGUUUUUUUCACAUAAAUCGUUUACAAGAUCACGGCACUCAAACGGUUGUCGAAUGGAACAGAAUGCUUCGAAUGGAAUGGCCAAAUAUUGGAAUCAUGCCGAGUGCCAGGAUCAAGUGGAUAUCGUGGCAUAAAAAAAAAAUACAUUUUUUUUUCGUUGUUCUUACUCACAUAUUAUAAUACAUCUUUUCCAACCCGUUCUACCAUAUGAGUACAGAUUUUAAUUUUAUAAUAGUUAUUUGUCUAGUUAAGACAAGCUAAAUUAUAACAAAAAGUAUAAUAGAUGUUACAAAUUGCACCAUAAUACCAACUGCAACACCAUUUUUGGUUUCGCUUAUCACGAUUUUUAUAAACGAUACGCGACGAAGUGCGAUGAAUAUUCCUGUGAGCAUGGGAGAGUGCACAGGCAACACAAACUGUGUGCGAGAAAAAGUGAACAGUUAUCUUGCACGCAGCAAGCAACAGCCGGACAAAGCCGGUUUUUCAAAGAACGGAACGCACGAACGAUAGCACCUUGCUAACAAAAUUGAAGCGGCAAAGACCGGAACGGAACGGAGUGAACGGAAAGAACGAAUUGAACGGAACGGAAUGAACGGAAAGAACGGAAUGAACGGAACGGAAUGAACGGAAAGAACGGAAUGAACGGAAAGAACGGAAUGAACGGAACGGAACGAUGUUGUAUAAAGGAUCGGAGCAGAACGGCCUACAUAAAGAACGGAACUUUUUUACUAGGUUCGGACCGGAACGGCCAACACUAGUUAUGUGUUUAUAGUAUGCCGAUAUUUUGUAUAACGAAUAACUUUCAUCAUAGUAACAUAUGAUUCACUGCGGUUAUAAGUUUCUAUCUGAAAUAAAUUCAUUCUGUUCUUAACCAUACAAUACACUGGUUGUUUGCACUACUGCCAAUAAGAUCAAAGUCCAACUUAACAAGUGCUCAGUCGCAUUCAAGCAUUUCGUCGUAACCCGGUCCACGAAAAUGGGUAUUCGUCAUCUACAUACGUUCAUGGAAAAGAAUGGCGGAUUUUACACUGUGAACAUGGAGCGUGAAAUUCUCGAAGCGAAGAAAUUCACCGAAAACCCCUUAUUGGUAAUCGACAUGAAGGCGUUGCACGCUAUAUUUAGUAACGACAAACGUAGCCUACUGUGCGGCAGUCAGUUUUCGGUAGUGGAACAUAUGGUAGAUACGUUUUUCAAGCGCCUCACUGAUGCUGGUGCUGAACUGGUAUUUUGUGAUGACGGAACACUGGAUCCAAAUAAGCUUGAAAAAUGGAUCGCUAGCCAGAAUGAAAAGUACGAUCGGAUGAUCAACGUCCUUGACGGAAUCGAUGCAGAGCCGUCGUUGAAGGAGGCUGCAGACAAGUUCGAACAGACGAUACCAUACAACACGUGCAUCAAGUUGAAGAACGUGGCCAAACGGCACGGCAAGUUUAUCGUCUCCAAGGACUUGAAAUGUGAUCAAGCGUUAGCGAGUUACGCCACCAAGUUUAAGGCACUGGCGGUCGUUACGCACGACACCGAUUUCCUCAUUUUCGAGGGCAGCUGGCAGCUGUGGCACGCGAACCAUAUCGAUGUGAACAAGUUGAUUACGAAGGCCUACUGCAAGCAGGAGCUACUAUGCACGCUUCGUUUGCAGUGGCGUCAGAUGGCCAUAUGGGCAACGUUAGCUGGGAACAGUUUCUUCAAAUACGACGAGCUGGUACCCUUUCUAAGCGAGUUUGGCCCAAACAAUCAAAAGUUUUAUCGAUUGGCCGAAUAUGUGCGACAGUUGCCGCUGCGAAACGGAAAGCUAGAUGACGAUACGGUACACUCGAUACUGGGGCGGGUGUACUGGAACAGACAAGUACCACCCGAGGCUUACGAAUGGUUUCGGCAAAGUGUUGCCUUCUAUCAGGUGAAUGAACCAUCGAAGGAUUCGCAGCAGAACGACGGUGAUCCUUUCGCUCACUUACUGGAGGACGAACAUUACGUCACCUACAGUAUUCUGACCGAUAGGCCGUAUACCUGUACCAUCUUAUUCUUUGAUUAUCGGUCGUCCGAGAUUAGAAAUUACUAUGAAAUCAUCGAACCGAUCAUUGCACGCAUGGCAGGUAUACUGCUCUAUCAUCACAAGGAAGAACGGCAGGACGUAACGCUGGCCAUAAAGCGCAAUCAUCAUGAGUCACACUCGGUCGUCACAGUUCCAGCCACGUUCCCUACUGCCAUUACACCACCCCCGUUAAUUGAGUUGAUUUCAAAGGAUGAAAGUGCACAGGCCUCGUUGCUCGACCGUAAACUGCAACUAUGGCGCUGGGUUUGUUCCGACGAUUUGCUUGACGUGGAAGAGUUCAAUACCGUGCCACCCGCGUUCAUGUGCACGGUACUUACCCUGUACCGCUUGAGACAGUGUGGCGCCAUCCGCAUAUUCGAAGCGGAUCUACUUUUGCUCAUUGCUCAGCAGCUUUCUAAGGGUGUGUUCGAUCUAACGCUGGAACCGUAUCCACAGCGCUUGAAUCCACGCGCAUUCCGGGUAGGAUUUCUGUUCCAAAAAACGUACGACCAUAUGAUUCAUAUGGCCAAAGUGCUUGGUCUGUCCGAAGAGUACCGACCGAUGACACCAUACGAUGGGCACCGGUUCCACAACAUGUAUAACGUGUGGACAGGCAUGAAUGUGGAAUCAGAAUUCCAACCGAUUGAAGAAUGGCGUUUUUACAAGCAUGCAAAAUCACACGCCGUACAGAACGAAUGACAAGUUUAUCCAUUAAUUGACAAAAUUGCAUGGGUUUUUUUUGCACUUUUCCCAUAUACUCAGAUUUAAAAUCAGCAAACAACAUAUAUUCUACUUAGUUAUGC